GAUUCUAAAAGAUUUGAAGGCAUCAACACUGACUUUAAGGAACUUGCUUAUGAUGCUCAGAAAACUCCAAAUGUAGUGGAAGCCACCAACAAAUCAGGUCUUUAUGAAAAACUGGAGGACAUUCAGAGCAGAUUGUGCCUGUGUGAGAAGGCCCUGGCAGAGUACCUCGAUACCAAGAGGCUUGCCUUCCCUCGGUUUUACUUUCUCUCCUCUUCUGAUCUGUUAGACAUCCUUUCCAAUGGCACAGCUCCGCAGCAGGUUCAACGUCACCUAUCCAAACUCUUUGACAACAUGGCCAAGAUGCAAUUACAACUAGAUGCCAGUGGGAAACCAACCAAGAUGAGUCUUGGUAUGUACAGUAAAGAAGAAGAGUAUGUGGCCUUCAGUGAACCCUGUGACUGCAGCGGGCAGGUGGAAAUAUGGCUGAACCACGUGCUUGCUCACAUGAAGGCUACUGUGAGGCACGAGAUGACAGAAGGCGUGAGCGCCUAUGAAGAAAAGCCCAGGGAGCAGUGGCUCUUUGACUACCCAGCUCAGGUGGCCCUGACCUGCACUCAGAUCUGGUGGACAACGGAAGUGGGCAUUGCAUUCACCAGGCUGGAGGAGGGCUACGAGCAUGCCAUGAAGGAUUAUUAUAAGAAGCAAGUGGCCCAGCUCAAAACCCUCAUCACCAUGCUGAUCGGCCAGCUCUCUAGUGGGGAUCGGCAGAAGAUCAUGACCAUAUGCACCAUCGAUGUGCAUGCCCGGGAUGUGGUGGCCAAGAUUAUUGCUCAGAAGGUAGACAAUGCCCAGGCAUUCCUCUGGCUGUCCCAGCUGCGCCAUCGUUGGGAUGAUGAGGCCAAGCACUGCUUUGCAAACAUCUGUGAUGCCCAGUUUCUGUAUUCUUAUGAGUACCUGGGAAAUACUCCUCGCUUGGUGAUCACUCCUUUGACUGACAGGUGCUACAUCACCCUCACCCAGUCUCUGCACCUGACCAUGAGUGGGGCUCCAGCAGGACCUGCAGGCACAGGCAAGACCGAGACCACCAAGGACCUGGGCCGAGCGCUGGGCAUCAUGGUCUACGUGUUUAACUGCUCAGAGCAGAUGGACUACAAGUCUUGUGGCAGCAUCUACAAGGGCCUUGCUCAGACUGGUGCCUGGGGCUGUUUUGAUGAGUUUAAUCGAAUCUCCGUGGAAGUCUUGUCAGUGGUGGCCGUGCAGGUAAAAAGCAUUCAAGAUGCAAUUCGAGAUAAGAAGCAGAAGUUCAACUUCCUUGGGGAGGAGAUUAGCCUGGAUCCUUCCGUCGGCAUCUUCAUCACCAUGAACCCAGGCUAUGCGGGGCGCACAGAGCUGCCGGAGAACCUAAAAGCUCUCUUCAGGCCCUGUGCAAUGGUUGUUCCAGACUUUGAGUUGAUCUGUGAAAUCAUGCUGGUAGCCGAAGGAUUUAUCGAAGCCCGGUUAUUAGCCAGAAAGUUCAUCACCCUCUACAAGCUGUGCAAAGAGCUUCUCUCCAAACAGGAUCACUAUGACUGGGGUCUGCGGGCCAUCAAGUCUGUGCUCGUGGUGGCAGGAUCCCUGAAGCGAGGAGACCCUGACCGGCCUGAGGACCAAGUCCUGAUGCGCUCCUUGCGAGACUUCAACAUCCCCAAGAUCGUGACUGAUGACAUGCCCGUGUUCAUGGGCCUGAUCGGGGACCUCUUUCCCACCCUGGAUGUCCCCCGGAGGAGAGACCUCAACUUCGAAGCUUUGGUUAGGAAGGCGGUCGUGGAUCUAAAGCUCCAGGCUGAGGAUAACUUUGUGCUCAAGGUGAUCCAGUUGGAGGAGCUGCUGGCAGUAAGGCACUCUGUGUUCGUGGUGGGCGGUGCUGGAACAGGCAAGUCCCAGGUGCUGAGGUCCUUGCACAAGACCUAUCAGAUCAUGAAACGCCGCCCCGUCUGGACUGACCUCAAUCCCAAAGCAGUCACAAAUGAUGAACUCUUUGGCAUCAUCAAUCCAGCCACACGAGAAUGGAAGGAUGGAUUGUUCUCUUCCAUCAUGCGGGAGCUUGCCAAUAUGACCCAUGAUGGGCCCAAGUGGAUUUUACUGGAUGGCGACAUAGAUCCGAUGUGGAUUGAAUCCCUGAACACUGUCAUGGAUGAUAACAAGGUGCUGACCCUGGCAAGCAACGAGAGGAUUCCUCUAAACUCCACCAUGCGGCUCCUCUUUGAGAUCAGCCACCUGCGCACAGCCACUCCAGCCACUGUCUCCAGAGCAGGGAUCCUGUACAUCAACCCGGCAGACUUGGGAUGGAACCCCCCUGUCAGCAGCUGGAUUGACAAGAGGGAAAUGCAGAUGGAAAGAGCCAACCUGACCAUUCUGUUUGACAAGUAUCUUCCCACCUGCUUAGACACACUCAGAACCAGGUUUAAGAAGAUAAUUCCAGUCCCAGAGCAGAGCAUGGUUCAGACACUCUGCCACCUUCUUGAGUGUCUCCUGACCACAGAGGACAUACCUGCCGACUGCCCCAAGGAAACCUACGAGCUUUAUUUUGUGUUUGCUGCCAUCUGGGCUUUUGGGGGAGCAAUGGUCCAAGAUCAGCUGGUGGACUACCGGGCAGAGUUCAGCAAAUGGUGGCUGACUGAGUUCAAGACAGUCAAGUUUCCCUCCCAGGGGACCAUCUUUGACUAUUACAUAGACCCAGAGACGAAGAAAUUCGAGCCUUGGUCCAAGCUCAUCCCCCAGUUUGAAUUUGACCCCGAGAUGCCUUUGCAGGCCUGUCUGGUGCCCACGACCGAGACCGUCCGCAUCUUCUACUUCUUGGAGCGGCUCAUGGCGCGGCAGCGGCCUGUCAUGCUGGUGGGCACCGCCGGUACUGGCAAGUCGGUGUUGGUGGGAGCGAAGCUGGCCAGCCUCGACCCCGAGGAACACCUAGUGAAGAACGUGCCCUUCAACUACUACACCACGUCGGCAAUGCUGCAGGCUGUCCUGGAGAAGCCUCUAGAAAAGAAGGCUGGCAGAAAUUACGGUCCUCCUGGCAACAAGAAGCUUGUCUAUUUCAUUGAUGACAUGAACAUGCCUGAGGUGGACGCUUACGGGACUGUGCAGCCCCACACUAUCAUCCGGCAGCAUCUGGACUAUGGCCACUGCACUCACCUGCCUCAGUCCUCCACAGCUCUCACCAGUGGUCUCCAACUGUCGCAGCGUCACUUCAGCGUGUUUGCGCUCUCCUUUCCGGGAGCAGAUGCCCUGUCCUCCAUCUACAGCACCAUCCUGACUCAGCACCUGAAGCGUGGAAACUUCCCAGCAUCCCUGCAGAAAUGCAUCCCACAGCUGAUCAGUCUGGCCCUCGGCUUCCACCAGAAAAUCACUACCACAUUCCUACCCACAGCAAUCAAAUUCCACUACAUCUUCAAUCUCAGAGAUCUUGCCAACAUUUUCCAGGGCAUUCUCUUCUCCUCAGUGGAAUGUAUAAAAUCCACACAGGACCUAGUAAAGCUCUAUCUUCAUGAAUCAAAUCGGGUUUACCGAGAUAAAAUGGUAGAAGAAAAGGACUUUGAUCUUUUUGAUAAAAUCCAGACAGAAGUACUCAAGAAAAUUUUCGAUAAUAUUGAAGAGACCUUGGAGCAGACCCGAAGCCUGAACAUGUACUGCCACUUUGCAAAUGGCAUAGGUGAGCCCAAGUACAUGCCUGUACAAUCAUGGGAACUUUUGACCCAGACCCUGGUGGAAGCCUUGGAGAACCACAACGAAGUCAACCCAGUGAUGGACCUGGUUCUCUUUGAGGAUGCCAUACGCCAUGUGUAAGUGUGCUUCUCUUCUCGCCUUUCCUGUCUUCCUCUUCUUACUGUCAGGGGUCUCGUUUGGCUGUUUGAGCACACAUUCAUGAAGCCAGGGAAGCAGCUACUGCCCCUGCCAUGA